AUGGCAGAAAAAGAGACCUCGGUUGCGACGUCAACCCCGUCUACCAGUUGGAAGGGGUGGUUGUGGGAUACGGUUGAUGUUUCCAAAGAAGAAAGAAGAUUUCUCUUGAAGAUCGAUACCUCAAACAUCACCAAUGCUUUCGUGUCUGGAAUGAAGGAAGAACUGAACCUGUACCAAAACCAAUACAACUACAUCGUCGUUGCAUGGACGGUUGGGUACGUUAUUGGACAAUGGCCAUCAAACUUCAUCUUGACUCGAGUCCCCGCUCAUAUCUGGAUCCCGUUUCUUGAAAUUGGCUGGACCAUUUUCACCUUCGCACUUGCAGGGGCAAAGUCAUAUCAGGCGUUGCUGGGCCUUCGCUUCGUUGUUGGUCUCUUCGAAGCGGGUUACUGGCCGGCACUUUACUACAUUCUUGGCAGCUGGUACACUAAACGUGAACUCGGAAAACGCAACGGUAUACUCCAAUCUGCUGUUUCGAUUGGACCGAUUUUCAGCGGAUUCUUGCAGGCCGGCAUUUACAAUGGGUUGAAUGGACAUGCUGGUCUCGCUGGAUGGAGGUGGCUCUUUAUCAUCAACGGAAUCAUCUCGCUCCCUAUCGCCCUCCUAGCUUACUUCUGCUUACCCGACACGCCUGGCACUGCAAAGCCCAACUGGUUGUUCACCGAACGUGACAUCGAACUCGCCAAAGAAAGAAUGGCAAGAGUUGGUCGAGCCCCUGAAGGCAAGCCAUACACGGCCAAAGUCAUUCUUGGUUACUUCCUUAGCUGGAAAACAGUCCUUUUCACCAUCAUCUUCAUGGUGCAACCCUUUGGAAGUCAGCCGGCCACUUCUUUCGUGUUCUGGCUUAAAGCACACAACAAAAAAGGCCAUCCUCCUGUUUACACUGUCGCCCAGAUAAACGAAUACCCGACCCUAUACAAUGCUUUCACCACUGUCUACUCCCUCCUUUGCGUGUGGAUCUCUGAUGGACCCCUGAGAGGGCGCCGUUGGCCGAUCAUCAUUUUCUCGAACCUGAUGGCUAUCGUGGUCUUCACCUUACUUGCCGUAACUCCCGUGUUCGGCCCCUUCUCCCAUCGUGCACCGCUAUACAUCGUAUCAGGGUUUGGUGUGAGCUGCGUCCCAUUGACCAUGGCGUGA